AUGACUAAGACUCAAGAGCGGCUAUCCUAUGCCCGGCUCUGUGUUGAGAUAGAAGCUGAUUAUGAAUUCCCGGAUCAAGUGGCUGUUUAUGAUGAUGACGGUCUGGCUUUUUACCAAAAAAUUACAUACGAAUGGAGCCCUCCUCGGUGCAACAGUUGCAGGGUUUUUGGGCAUUCAAGUGGGCAGUGUGGUAUUAAUCUUAACAAGCAAAUGCCCUCCAGCCAGAAAGAGUGGAGAGUAAAGAGCAACAAGAGUCCUCAGGUGACCGGAGCAGCUAGUGGAGGCGGCACUCAAGCCUUACACGGUGGAGGUGCUGGUAAGCAAGUUCAAAAUUCAAAUUUCAAAAAUACCCCAGGUGGCAGAUCUGACGGGAUUGUGGACUCUACAAAUUUGGAAGCUCAGUUCAUGGGGAAUCCUAGCAAUAUCUAUUCUAUGGAGAAGAUUGCUGGAAUUUCUAAAAAGUUGCCUAAUUCUAGCCUAAAGAAUUCGGCUGGCAGGGGGAAGAAGAUUGUGCAGCAUAAUGCUUUCGCUUUGUUGGAGCAUCUAACGGAGGAAAUUCCCUAUGACCCCAUAGAACUGAUGUUGGAUGCUGACUCAUGCAACGUCCUUUUAGGGAAGGAAGUGGAAUGUGAGCAAGAUAUUGGAAAUCCCCCACACAAGGAAGGUGAGGAGGAAGGGGAAUGUGUGUCUCAAUCAGCAGAUUUUCUUCAACGCCAUGCAAGGAAAGAGAAUGAUGCAACGGCUGGAGGUGAUUUAGUGGAUAUUGAAAACCACACCUUUUUUCGAAAUAAGGAAGGGUUUGUGGCAGCUGGGGAGAGAGAGGAGACUAUGGCUAUGGCAAGAGUUAAUGCGGCAGUUCCUUCUAUGGAAAUUACAGAUUGGGGGGGCCCCAUUAGGGAAUCCUUGUUGCAAAUCCUAGAUGAGGGUGACAAAGCUAAUGGAGCUGCUCUAGGAGAGGAAAUUACAGAAGGAGCCCAAUCAAAUCUGAAAGAGAUCUCCACCAAGGGAAAGGAAACUUCGGGCAGCACUAUUCUAAGGGGUCCAAUUUUAGAAGGUAUGCCCUCCAUCCCUAACCAUGCAAUUUCUUUGAAUUCAGAAAAGGAAGGGAGAGCUACUAGGGAGAUGGGGAAGAGGAGACUGGUGACUUCUUUUAAACCUCAACGUAUUGAAGUGCUUCCUAGCCAAAGCUCAAAUCAGAAAGGAAGUGAUAGUGGCCUAGCUUUUGGGGUGUAUGCUCUUAAUUCCUUAGAAGGUCGGAUGGAACUUUGGAGGGAGCUAACUGAUAUUGCUACAGGAGUGGUUGAACCGUGGGCUGUCAUGGGAGAUUUCAAUACGACCCAUUAUAAGGACUAUGAUGAAGUAGUUAAAAGGGGCUGGCUGAAGGCUGUAAAUGUCAACUCUAAUCUUAUUUUGCGCUUUGCAGCAAAGCUAAAGAAUAUGAAAUCUGAACUUAAAUGCUGGAAUAAGGAGAGCAUUGGAGAUGUCUUCAAAAAUGUUAAGGAUGCAGAACUCGAUCUUGGCCGAAUUCAACAUCACCUUUCCCUUGAUCCCCUUGAUGAUUCCCUUGCUGUCUUAGAAAAAGAAGCUAAAGGCAAGCUGUGGGCUGCAUUACAAAUGGAAGAAAGGUUUCUUAAAGAGAAAUCCAGGGUUAGGUGGCUAGAGUUGGGGGAUGGCAACAACUUUUUCCACAAGUCCAUGCAAAGUAGGCACAAUAGAAAUCAUAUCUUGGAGGUCAUGGACCAGACUGGAAAUACUUUGACCAACCCUAAGGCUAUCAAAGAGGAGGCGGUUCUUUUCUAUAAGAAGCUGUUCGGGUUGGACUACACUAAUUUGGGCUCCUGCCCCCCCCCCUCGAUUCCCCUCUCGGGGGUGGUCUCUGAAUCCCAGAAUUUGGAACUUGGCAAGGAGGUUAAUGGAGAGGAGGUUAGAAGAGUUGUGUUCAGUUUAAAAGACUCUAAAGCCCCAUGGCCUGAUGGUUUCGGGGCUGGCUUUUAUAAGCACUCUUGGGAGGUCAUUGGUGAGGAGCUAACGAAUGCUGUCCAAUGGUUCUUUGCAAAUUCCUUCAUGCCCCAUUCUAUUAAUGCUACUUUUAUCACUUUGGUGCCGAAGUCUGGGGAUGUCUCCACUUUUGCGGGGUUUUGGCCUCUUGCUUUAUGCAACCUCCUAUAUAAGAUCAUCACAAAAAUCCUCUCUAAUAGGAUCCAACAUGUUAUUGGGAGUGUGGUUAGUCAUAAUCAGUCGGCAUUCAUCAAGGGCAGGUCUAUUGUUGACAAUAUCCUUGUCUGCCAUGAUAUUGUGCGUGGCAUCGAACAAAAAGCCGCUAGUCCUACUACAGUUUUGAAGGUGGAUCUUCACAAGGCCUACGACUCUCUUAGUAGGAAAUUUUUGUUUGAUGUGAUGGGAAGAAUGGGGUUCUCCGACAAGUUUAUAGGGUGGGUGAAAGCUUGUGUGACCACCCCUAUGUUCUCUGUCCUUAUUAAUGGCAGCCCGGCGGGUUUCUUCGGUGGAGGGAGAGGGAUUCGACAAGGUGAUCCGUUGUCCCCCUACCUCUUCACCCUUGCAAUGGAGGCUUUUUCUGGAAUUAUGCGAAGGCUUGAGAUUGAUGGUCAGAUUAAGCUGCUACCCCAUUGUAAAUUUUUCCACCUUUCCCACCUCAUUUUUGCGGAUGAUCUUAUGAUUUUUGUGAAGGGGAACCGUGAUUCGAUUUCAGCUAGUUUGGGGGGUCUUGAUGAGUUUGCUGCCCUCUCCGGGCUUCAACUUAAUAGAUCUAAGUCCUCUAUUAUAUUAGGGGGCCUUACCCAAGCUAGCAGUCUGGAACUUUUGGAUUUAACGGGUUUUUCGGAAACCAAGCUGCCUAUUCGGUACCUUGGAGCUCCUCUUAUGUCUGGCAGGUUAUCCAUGAAAGAUUGCAGCCCCAUCUUGGAUCUGUACAGAGAUAAAGCCCUUCCCUUCAUCAAAACUAUUAUUGGGGAUGGGUCUGCUACAAAGCUUUGGCUUGAUAAUUGGCACCCGUUUGGAGUUCUUUUGAGCAGAUUUGGUAAUAGGAUUUGCUAUGAUGUAGGCUCUUAUUCCCUUGCUGCCCGUCAUGCUUGUGUCAAGGAGAUUAUCCGUGAUGGAGAUUGA